AUGCCAAUCCUCGGCGGGAAGAACAAGUUCAAUACCAAGCCCGCCGCCAUCCGCGUCGAGAAAGUUCAGGUCGCCGCUCCGAAGCCGCGCCCCAAGCUCGUCCACGCGAGGUCCUCCACCUCAUCCGCAAAGGCCUCGCCGCGCGCCUCGCCCAAGCCCAACGGCAAGUCGCUUCUCUCCCGCAAGCAGAGCGCCUCGCCCUACCCCUCGUCCUCGGACGAGAAGCGCAGCGAGCGCAAGCGCAAGGUCGGCAGCGCGGGGCCGUCCCAGCCCAAGUUCGACAAUGACUCGGACGACGACGACAACUACGACGCCUUCAUCAACCUCGAGCCCCGCAAGCGACAGCGCACCAAGGACGGCCAGUUCGUCGACACCCAGCGCGUGCUGACCCGCGCAAGCGCUUUCCGGGACAAUGCGCGACCCCUCAGCCGGCUGAUCCACGCCGUCGACAUCAGCAAUCUCAAAAAGUGCCCCAAGGCGAAACGCCUGCUCGGCGCCACAGCCGACGACGAUGUGAGGGUGAGGCUGCAAUACCCGAGCAACUACGGGGCGGAAGACUAUGAACUUAUAUCCGAGAAGGGUAUCAUCAACGCGGUGGAAGACAUCAAAACGGUGGUCAGAUUCGUCGCCCACGUCUACCUCACAGAAGAACAGGCCAUCGAGUUCACGGAGCCAACCAACGGCCUGAUACGGCGGCUCGAGAGGGCAUCAAAUAUCAACGAUUUCCACGGCUUCGUCGCGGCGUUGCAAGACGCGAACAAGAAGAUCCGCGCUCUCGCCGCCGAUGGCACGAUACGCAAGAACCUGGACAACAUACACGGCAUACCGCGAGACCUGGUCGAGUUCAUUCUCACCCAGGUGUACGACCGCACCGUGUCACCCGAAGUGGAGAAGCUCAAGCAGUACAAGAACGGCACCGACAAUGUCUACGGCGAGUUAACAUACAAGUUCAUCUCCGAGAUCCUCCAAGAGAGGACACGCAUGACGUCGGACCAAGUCUUUGUCGACCUCGGGUCCGGCGUGGGGAACGUCGUCUUUCAAGCCGCACUCGAGAUCGGUUGCGAGAGCUGGGGCUGCGAAAUGAUGGAGAACCCAUGCGACUUCGCCGAGGCGCAGGAGAAGGAGUUCGGCGCCCGCUGUAAGAUGUGGGGCCUGCUGCCCGGCCGGGUCAACCUCGAGCGAGGCGAUUUCACCAAGAGCACCCGCAUACACGAUGCCAUGAAGCGCGCCGACGUCAUCCUCGUCAACAACCAAGCCUUCACGCCCCAGCUCAACGCAGAGCUCGUCAACAUGUUCCUCGAUCUCAAGCAGGGCUGCAAGAUCGUCUCUCUCAAGUCGUUCGUCAACGACCAAGGCACGCGAAACGCCAACGAUAUUGCAAGUAACAUCCUGGAAGUCGAACACCUGACGUACCCGGACGGUGGGUACGUCAGCUGGACCAAUGCCGGCGGUAACUUCUGCAUCUCGACGAAGAAGUAG